AUCUGGGCUUGCAAAUUUACUUUACUCAUUCAGAAGGAUCUUAUGUGUAAAUAUAAGUCAUUUUUUGGUCCAAAGAUCUGACUGCAUUAAUUUCAAUCCAGGUCUACUUUAAACUGUCCAUGCCUGAAACUGUCCAGAUUGAAGAACUCUGAGAAGCACGAGCUUCUUGCAGUCUGACAAUGGACGUUUUUUUUACAAAGAGUCUGUUUCUUUUUUCUUUUCCAUGUUUGAUGAUCUCUGGAUUCAUAUCUUGUCAGAUUUAAGUCCUUCUUGUCUGCUGUUUGUCUCUGUCCAUCUCUCUGUGUGCUGUUGUGUGUUCUAGGAACUCUGCAGUUUGUUCCUCCAGACUUCAUCCUCUGGAAAUAUGAAGCAGCUCUGACCACCAUCUGGCAGUUUGUGGUGCUGCUGUUCUACAUCCAACUCCCCAGCACUGAGGAGGAGGACACAGUCGCCAAGAUCAGCAGAGGCUGUACCACUGAGUGUCCAUCAUAAAUACUGUCCUCAUUCAUUAGUUAGGACUUGGUGUUACAAUCCCUGAAGUUUCAGUGCUCUUCUUACCACAGCACAGUUAUUCUUUGCUUUGACCACCAGAUUGGAGCCAACAGUUUGACACAUUGUCAGUUGUGUCCUUCAACAUCAUCAGCCACAGACAGACUGCUCCUCUCUGCUGUGUUGGUCAGAGCUUUGACCACAUUCCUCUGGACCUACCCACUGAUCCCAACUUCCCUCACGAGCCUUGUGAUGGAGUUGUUGUUGUUGUUGAAGCCUCUGGAACCCACCUGGACACACUUCAGCUUUCCAGUCUCUUGCUGCAGCUUCAUCUACCAGGUCAGCAUCAUGCAGCUUCUUAUGUUCAAAGGUGUCCUCCUCUGUGUCCUCCUAAAGGACAGUCAGCUUGAUGAUGAAUGUAUGCUGACAGGACUUUGACCAGAGGACGAGGUCCAAUUGUAAGUUAGUCGCUGUGAUCUCAGGUGGAAAUACUAGUUACUGCUCCAGGUCAGCACACAUUUCCCAGACAGUCUCUGGCCCCAUGGAGCAGACUUGGACCAGGAGAUGAGAGCCUUGAUGCUGGUUUCUCUCCCUCCUGGACUUCUAUAUCUGAGAUUAUACAAGUAUAACAUCAUACGUGUCAUGUAACAAUUGGUGCAGUUACAUCCCACUCACAGCACACCACAUGUAAUACGGCCAUAUUGUCAAUGGUUUGUCUGUUGUUGUAAGUGUUGUAAUACAAGCCACGCCCACACAUAACCUCACGUUAUGUCAUCCCGCAGUGCUGUAACACCAUCUCUGAAGGAGCUCUGUGGAAUCCCUCAAACCUCUCUGUGCUGCAGUAGAGGGACACGUGGACCUGGUGGUGACAUCAUGACGUGAUGGCCGACGUGACUGUUCCAAAAUGGAAACAAGUCUGAGGACUUGUGGGACGUGUGGGGUUGGUCCAACAGCUGCUGAUGAACUGUUGCAACAUGUGAGUGGAACACAUGUGGGCUGUGUGAUCAUCUCUUCCAGGAUGCACAGAGGAUGGAGGGGGUUGGUCCACAGUUUUAAAACCCUCAGUGAAUUCGGGCUUGUCUACCCUUGCGUGCGAAGACUGGAUCCGGUGGACUGCACAGAGGAAACCAGCAGAUGGUUCAACGGGCAGGAAGGUGGACCCAGCAAAGCGCUGUGGAGCGCAAACAGGGCACAGUGAGACACGAAGGACACUGCUGGCCAUCCAAUGCAUCCCGAGCCAUCUCCAGCCAUCUUGACUACGUCUUGCCACUGGACAUAGAUGGAACGGGAAGAGAGAGUGAGGCUGACGACUGUCACGCACUAGUCAUGACUCCACACUAUCACCGCACACUCCCAAGUCCUGUGGCGAUGGGUGAGUGGCGAAGCAGUAGGUGCGGACACACUGGGAGCUGUAGUCACAAACCUGCACACAGGCGGCCCAGGGCAUAGGGUCGCUCUCUACUGGACCAAAGCAGCAGUGGAGUUUGGCAGCCCCCUGGCCGACCGGUCAUGAUUGUACCAGUUAACCUUGAGCCAAGCCAUGCCAGCUGUGUGGAAUGCAAUCAUCUGAAUGUCAUCCAGCACGUGGACAACCGACGUGUCUGCAGUGGGAAAGAGAAGUCCCAGAAGACCAAAAGACCUCAUAACGCCUUUUAUUUUUAUGCACGAGAGCACUGGAGGACCGUGGAGAGGGGGUUCAGCACCACCAAUGGUGCCUUCAUCAACAAGGUGCUGGGACAGAGGUGGCGCGCUUUACCCUCAUUGGAUCAGUUCCCAUUUUAUCAGAUGUCUCGUGCUGAAGAACCCGCUGAGACGGAUCUGUACUGUAUCAGACAUGCUGAGAUGAUGGUGGACGCCCUGGCUUCCACUCGACAUGAAGCCACCCGUCCACCAAGAUGAACCUCUGAGAUGCCCCCCCCCCCCCCCCCCCUAAAAAUUAAUAAAAAAUAAAAUCUUAAUAAAGUCUUGUGUCCAACAUCA